UCAGUACGACUGCUUGUUUCUGAUUACCGGGUAGCGGAACGUUAUAGUUGUCUCUUUAUGUUUAUGAGAAAUACAUGCCCACUAAAUGACGCAGUGACUCGGUUGACAUCAGCAGCCUGAAUUGACGUCAAAUAAACAAGCUAACGAUAUAGUUACGCUCGCGAGUAGCAUCGUUAGCUCGCGUUAGCUCGCUGUGGUCAAAGUUGAAGCUCGGUGAUUGUGACUUCCGGUCCCCUUGGCAGACAUCAUGGAUGAAGAACCAGAGAGAACCAAGCGCUGGGAAGGAGGCUACGAGAGGACAUGGGAGGUGCUGAAGGAGGACGAGUCUGGCUCCCUCAAAGCCUCAGUAGAAGAGAUCCUGUUCCAGUCCAAGAGGAAAAGGGUGACAGAGAGCCAUGGACAAGUGAGGCUCGGCAUGAUGCGACACCUCCAUCUGGUGGUUGACUGUUCGAGAAGUAUGGAAGACAAGGACUUGAAACCAAACCGCCUCACCUCUUCUCUGAAGCUGAUCGAAUCCUUUGUCAAGGAAUAUUUUGACCAAAACCCCAUCAGUCAGCUGGGCAUAAUCACCACCAAGAACAAACGAGCCGAGAAGCUGACUGACCUGGCAGGAAAUCCAAAGAAACACAUCGUUGCCCUGAAGAAGGCGGUGAACACCGUUUGCGUCGGCGAGCCGUCGCUCUACAACUCCCUGAACCUCGCCAUCCAGACCCUCAAGCACAUGCCGGGACACACGAGUCGUGAGAUCCUGGUGAUCCUCAGCAGCCUCACCACAUGUGACCCCGCCAACAUCUGCGAGCUGAUUAAGACCCUGAAGGCCCUGAAGGUGAGGGUCUCAGUGAUUGGCCUGUCGGCGGAGGUCCGUGUGUGCACGGUGUUGACCCGGGAGACGGGCGGCUCGUACCACGUGAUCCUGGACGAGAGCCACUUCAAGGAGCUCCUGAUGCUCCACGUCAAGCCGCCGCCGGCCGGCUCCUCCUCCGAGUGCUCCCUGAUCCGCAUGGGCUUCCCUCAGCACAUCAUCGCCUCCCUGACGGACCAGGACGCCAGGCCUUCGUUCAGCAUGUCGCACCUGGACAGCAGCAGUGGGGCCCAGCUGUCUCUGGGAGGAUACUUCUGCCCACAGUGCCACUCCAAGUACACCGAGCUUCCCGUGGAGUGUAAAGUGUGUGGUCUGACCCUGGUGUCGGCGCCCCAUCUGGCCAGAUCCUUCCACCACCUGUUCCCCCUCCAGGCCUUCACAGAGAGUCCCACGCAGCAGCUCCAGACAGACAGGUUCUGUCAGGCGUGUCAAGGGGAGCUGAAAGACAAAAGCGUAUUCGUCUGUCCGUCAUGUUGCAGUGUGUUCUGUGUGGACUGUGACCUCUUCAUCCACGACAUGCUCCACUGCUGCCCCGGCUGUAUGCACAGUCAGAGCGCCCCCUGAGGCCGAGAGGCGAACUGCAGACAGUUGUUGAAGAUGUGAAUAAACUAUUGGACACUU